AUGUCAUUGGUGAAUGAAAAAUUGGUAGACACUUCGGGAACAGGCUCAGUUCCUAUUAUAAAACGAUUGGAUGAAACGCUAGUGAAUCGCAUAGCUGCCGGGGAGAUCAUACAUAGACCAUCAUCAGCUUUGAAAGAGUUGAUUGAAAAUGCUCUGGACGCCGGCGCAACUUCAAUCAAGAUCACCGCCAAGGAUGGAGGGAUGAAGCUGCUUCAGAUACAGGACAAUGGCUGUGGUAUCAGGAAAUCGGACCUUCCUAUCCUUUGCGAAAGAUUUACUACGUCCAAGUUACGCGAUUUCUCGGACUUGCAAGAAAUAGCUACGUAUGGUUUUCGUGGCGAAGCACUUGCGAGUAUAUCUUUUGUCUCGCAUUUGUCGGUGGUGACGAAGACCCGUAGUGACGCGUGCGCGUGGCGGGCACUAUACGAAGACGGUGUUAUGAUCGCCCCUAAGGAAGGGGCCGCAGCAGAACCUGUGGCGUGUGCAGGAAAUGAUGGCACUGUUAUAACCGCAGAGGAUUUAUUUUACAACACACCCGUUCGAAAGGCGUCCUUGCGCAAUCUGGGAGAAGAAUACGCUCGUUUAUCAGAUGUAGUGACGCGAUAUGCGGUUCACCAGGCUGGAGUAUCCUUUGUGUGCAAAAAGGCAGGAGCCACUUCACCAGAUGUGUCUACUCCAAUAGGCGCGAGCCGUUCUUCAUUGAUACGACUGCUCUUCGGAGCAGGAGUAGCGGAUGCCUUAUUUGAUAUGGAAGUUUCCUCUUCAAAUGUUUCAGAACAGGCAACUGGUAAAAGGAAGCGACCCAAGGGAGACGUAGGUGCCGUGGAGGAAUCAUGGAGUGACAGUGACGAAGAGGCCAUUCCUAUAGGCCAAAGGGACGAUAAAACAAAGUGGAAGGCAAAUGCUGUAUUCACCAGCACAUCCUACCAUGGCAAGAAGCUGGUUUUGUUAUUAUUUAUAAACCAUCGGUUGGUCGAAUCUCGCCGGAUUCAGAGAGGAGUCGAGGCCGUGUACUCUACGAUUAUGCCCAAAGGAGCGCAUCCAUUUGUCUACCUUAGCCUUGAGAUCGAUCCAAAGCAUGUCGACGUAAAUGUCCAUCCGACAAAACGCGAGGUGAGGACUCAAUACACGCACACAGCCAUAUUUAAUCAUGUUCAAGGUUCAUUUCUGAACGAAGAUGUGAUUGUAGAGACGAUCUCCGAUGCCAUACAAGAAAAGCUGGCCGUACAAAGCUCUCAAAGAACGUUUACAUAUCAAACUUUGACUCCGAUCACCGAGACAAAUAGUAAAAUCGGGUUCCCAAAGGUUUCAGCGCCCACAAAGGCGAGCAAGACUCGACUGGCAUCCGCUUUAUCUGACGAUGAGGAUGAAGAGUCCGGAAGAGCAGCCACACCAGCCAUGAAGCAACCACCAAAGUCUUUGCCUCAACACUUGGUUAGGAUGUCGCUGCGUGAUCGGACUCUGGAUAGUAUGUUUGCCACAUCUGGGAACUCCUCUUCAGCUCCGGCGACCCGUGCUACCACUCGUCAAUCCACCUCUGGCAACACUACAAACGACGACCCAUCGACAGCCAAACCAGUUGACUCAGUUGCGGAAUCUUCUCUGAAAACAUCUUCAGUGCAGGAACAAACGCCUGAUGAAGGGCUCAACGAGGAUGAUGUUUUGCGAGACUCGAUAGCGAAUAUGGUCAUGAACGAUCAUGGCCAGGAAGAGGACACUCAUUCAAUAGCCAACAUUUCAGAAAGUAAAUGCUUCUUGACAAGCAUCCUGGAACUCCGUCAGCAGAUUCAAGAUGAUAAGCACUCCCGCCUCACGGAUAUUCUUCACAACUCCAAGUUUGUUGGCAUGGUUGAUUUUGCUUCGACUCGUUCUCUGUUUCAACACGAACUGAAACUUUAUCUCAUUAAUCAUUCUGCCGUCGCUGAGGAGCUUUUCUAUCAACUUGGGCUCCGCCAAUUUGGAAAUUUCAGCCAUUUGAAGCUUUCACCCCCGCCCUCAUUGCACGAAUUAGUUCAUCUGGCAGUCGAGGAUGAUCUCGAUAUACAAAAGGCAGGGUUAGAUCCUAAGAAAAUAGGAGACAAAAUCAUUAGUAUUCUAAUGCGCCGAAGAGAGAUGCUCGAGGAGUAUUUUGGAAUCCAAAUAAGUGAGGAUGGGCUCGUUCAGUCCUUACCCUUGCUCCUUCCCGGAUACACCCCCAAUAUUGAUUUGUUGCCUGUAUUUCUGAUGCACCUUGGUCCAAGGGUUGAUUGGAACUCGGAAAAAAGCUGCUUUGAUACACUUUUCCGGGAAAUAGCUCGUUUUCACGUCCCCAAGCCACCUCUAGACUUCGAGCAAGGGCAAGAGAAAAGUGAUGGAGAACAAUCUUCAAAUGAAGAACGGGACGCGGCGGCGAAAGCAAUGAGUCUUUGA